AUGAAGAGGCUGCCUGGCGCCUUUGUGGGCGCCCUGCACUACGAGCUCCCCAAGGUCAAUGCAGCCGGGAAGGUGUACGGCUGGAAGACGGUGUUCGACCAUCGGCCCUUUGCCAUCGAAAUGGCCAGCUUUGCCAUUAACCUGAGGCUCAUCCUCUUCAAGCCUCAGGUGUACUUCAAGCUUCACAGGGUAAAGGGAGGCUACCAGGAGAGUAGUUUACUGCAGCAACUUGUCAUACUCAACGACCUGGAACCCAAAGCAGCCAAUUGUACUCAGACACUUGUUUGGCACACAAUAACAGGGAAGCCCGUCCUCAUAAAUGAAGAGAAAACACGAUUCACAGACCCAAAUGUCAAGAUUUGA